AUGACAUCAUCGCCAGAGUGGAAUAAAAUGCUUCGCGGCAAGUGGUAUCAUGCCGGCGAUGAGAUUUUGCAAGAAAACAGAACUCGUUGUAAGGAAGCAUGUGAGCGUUUUAAUGCAGCAGGAUUCGCUUCGCGUCGUGAGAAGAUCAGGCUUUGGAGGAGCAUUAUUGGCGACACCCGGCCACUUCCAGCAGAGAUCGCAGACGCAAAAGCAGAUGAGAGCCUUUUCGAAGAGACAGACCCAUUUGUCGACGGUCCAAUCUCCAUUGAUCACGGGCUGAAUUUCAAAGUGGGAAAGGGAAGUUUCUUGAAUUUCAAUCUUCUUGUUCUUGAUACAUGCCUUAUUACAGUAGGCGAGAAUGUUCUUUUCGGGCCUAAUGUCAGUUUAUAUGGUGCUAUUCAUCCUUUGGACCCCGCAAAGCGCCGUGGACUCAAAGGGCCGGAGGCAGGAAAGGAAAUUCAUAUUGAGGAUGAUGUUUGGAUUGCAGCUGGUGCUUCGAUCCUGGGUGGGGUUCGAAUUGGCAAAGGCAGUACAGUGGGCGCUUGCUCGGUUGUUACUAAGGUGAGUGCUAGUUUCACGAAUCCGUCGAGCUGGAUGUUUAUUCACGCAUGUGCUAUUCAGGAUGUGCCCCCAUUCCACUUUGUGGCAGGAAAUCCUGCAAAAAUUAUCCGACGUAUCGAGUCUUCCAUGGAUCCGGACAAUGAGAAUAGAGUAAUUGGAAAUGACGGCGUCUGA